AUGGCCGAUCACAGCAUCCCAUCAUGUCCAUUUUGUCCAUUCACAGAUCAAGAUUCCGACUUUGUCGCGCAACAUAUCGAGUUCUGUCACCCUGAAUUUGGGGCUGCAGGCUUUGUGUCCGAAAGCCCCCCGGUUGUGAGUCCGAGGCUGUCAGCCUCCGACGACCAUACAGACAAGUAUGUCGAUUGUCCACAUGGAUGUGGGGAGACGGUGGCAAGUGCGGAACUAUCAGAUCACUUGGAUCUGCAUAUUAUGGAGGGCAUGGGACUGGACGAUGGUGGAGCUACGCGGGCACGCUCAAAUGCGAGUCAUGCAGAUGACGAUGACCACUUGUUUGACGAGGAUGACUCGUUUGAUAUGUUGGGCCUUAGCAAGGGAGUCAAGCGUGGGAUUCAGCGAGAUGUUUCGCGAGCAAAUACAGCAAAACCAUCACGGCCUCGUAGCCCGCCGAGCGCAAUGGGCCCUGAUGGCGCAAAGAGGUUAGGGCGCUCGGAACUGGGUCCUCAUGCGCAUGAAAAGAAAAUGCCAUCGUGGCUGAGAAAAAUGCUGGAGAAAGGAGGCCGCACUUCCAAGCAAACCCAAAUUACCUCGGAUGGGAAAUUGUCGCGGCGCGAGACAGUGGAAAAUGAAACCGACAAUCUGAUUCCAAUCCUGGCUCGCUUAUGUGAACAAGACAAAUCAGUGAAGCGAGCCUUCUUCUGUAGCCCCAAGGUCCGUCAUAUAUGCAAGAUGCCUCGAGAAGGCGGGUUUUGUGGCUAUCGGAACAUUCAGAUGCUCGUCUCUCAUUUGAAAAAGACUCGAAGUUUCGGAUAUGAGCACUUCCCGGACAAGGGUCCGACGAUUUUGGAUCUACAGGAUAUGAUUGAAUCCGCCUGGGAUAUGGGAUUCAACAGUGCUGGGAGAACGGAGACUGGUGGUAUCAAAGACACCCGCAAAUUUAUUGGAACACCCGAGGCACAGGCGCUAUUCAUGAGCCUUGGAAUCCCGUCCGAUGCCAGCAGUUUAUGUGAAAGUAGCGACCUGCGCGCCUGCGACGCACUCUACAUGGAUGUAGCAAACUAUUUCAGGUCGGCAUGUUCAUUGGAGGACGAAGAGACCAAAAUCUUCAAGACUGAUCUUCCCCCGAUAUACUUCCAACAUCAAGGUCAUUCCAUGACAAUCGUUGGGUUUGAAAUCCGAGGAAAUGGCAGUGCUAAUCUGCUCGUCUUCGAUCCUAUGUUCAAGACUUCCCCUGCUAUGGAACGUAUGCUCGGGGCUUAUGUCAAGCCAAACGAUCCUACACGCCUGCUCAAGGCUUACCGCAGAGGCACGCCCUAUCUGCAAAAGUAUAAGAUGUUCGAGCUUCUCAAGCUAUGCACUUACACUCAUCCAGCCAUGCGAACUUCUCCGAACGUGAUCAUUACCGGUACCCCUGGCGUGGGAAAGACCGUCCAUUGCGAGCAACUCGCACAAGAGAUCGGUCUGAAGCAUCUCUCCAUCAACCAAGUCGCAAAAGACCGUGGCUGCUUCGAUGAAUAUGAUGAGGAACUGAAGACCUGGGUGGUCGAUGAGGAUAAGCUUCUCGAUGCCCUUGAAGAUGAAAUUCCUAGUGGUGGUUACUUAAUUGACUGGCAUGCUUGUGAUCUCUUUCCUAAGUCCUGGAUUGAUCUUGUCGUUGUCCUGCGGUGUCCCACUACAGAUAUUCUAUACGACCGCCUCUCCUCACGGGGUUACCACGAUAAGAAACUGGAAGAGAACGUCGAUGCGGAAAUCUUUGGCGUUCUGCUAGACGAGGCCCGGGAAGCCUUUGAUGAGGAAGUUGUAGUAGAAUUAAACAGCGAGCAGGACAGUGAUGUGGAAGCCAACUGCCAGAGAAUCAUGCAGUGGGUUGAGUCGUGGAAGAAGACGCAGACCGAAAACGCGGACUGA